AUGACUUUUACUUUACGACGUGAAGAUCAUCUACCAAUGAAGGAGGACACUAACAUUGGAAACAACCAAAUCCACAAUUAUAAUUUAUCGCCGUUAUCCUCUGGGAUUUCAUUGGAAAAGGGCAAAACAUUCCAUGAACAGCACAUUACAGAAACAUGGAACAAUGAAACACAUUUGGAAAAAACAAUUCAUUCGAAUAAUAAUUACAGUAAACAACGGAAUUGUCGAUGUACUUAUAAAUGUGUAUUCUGGUAUGUAUUUGGAACUCUUAUUCUGGUGUUACUCAGUGCCACGAUUAUUAUUCCCUUAUUCAUGGUUCCUUCAAAAACUACAACAACGACUGGACAAACAACAACACUACCAUCAUACGUUUGGAAUGCAACAGGUAUAACUGUAAUUGCCGUAGCAGCCAGCAGUCCAAAUGCUCUAGUAGUAGAUUCAUCUAAUGUAAUCUACGUCGCUGAAGGGCUCAAGAAUCGGGUUCGAAAAUAUGAUAUUGGAUCGUCGAGCAGCAAUAUAACAGUUGCUGGCCAGGAAAAUGGAGUGUCCGGGUCAAAUUCCAGUUUUCUGAAUGGUCCUGCUGACCUGGCUGUAGAUUCAAGCAACAAUGUCUACGUAUUAGAUCAAUUGAAUGAUCGAGUUCAACUUUGGACAAGUGGAGCCUCAAGUGGAAUAACAGUUGCUGGAUUUGGUGGCCAUGGUAGUAAUAGCAGUCAAUUUGAAUAUCCAUAUUUCAUGACACGUGAUUCGAAUACAGGCACCCUUUACAUAUCGGACACCAAUAAUUGGCGAAUUAUGCAAUAUGCAUCGGGUGCAUCGACUGGUACCUUGGUUGCUGGUGGUAAUGGAUUAGGUACAUCCACAAAUCAAUUGGCUACUCCAACUGGCAUUUAUUUUGAUUCGUCAUCUAGUAGUUUUGUGAUUGCGAACUAUCUGGGCCACAAUAUUGUUCGUUGGGUAUUAGGGGCUAGUAAUUGGACACUUAUAACUGGUAGUACGAUUGGAAUUUCUGGCAAUUCAUCGACAAUGCUAUACAAGCCUAUGGGUUUGACGGUUGAUUAUAUAGGCAAUAUCUAUGUAGCUGAUACAUUUAAUCAUCGUAUUCAACUGUUUCUGGCAGGCCAAUCAAAUGGUACUACAAUCGCUGGUAUUACUGGUGUCUGUGGUACUGAUGCAGAUAAAUUGUGCUUACCUCGAGCAGUUGCUCUUGAUUCACAGCUCAAUAUCUAUGUAGCAGACACAGGAAAUAACCGAAUCCAAAAGUUUUCCCUCAAUUAA